AUGCAGAGUCCACUCAAACCAGAAGAGAAGACGAAAAUGCAGAGUCCACUCAAACUUAAGACAGAGGAAAAGACCAUAAUGCAGAGUCCUCACAAACAUAAGACAGAGGAAAAGACGAAAAUACAGGGUCCUCACAAACAUAAGACAGACGAAAAGACGAAAAUACAGGGUCCUCACAAACAUAAGACAGAAGAGAAAACGAAAAUGCAGAGUCCACUCAAACAUAAGACAGAGGAAAAGACGAAAAUACAGAGUCCUCUCAAACAUAAGACAGACGAGAAAACGAAAAAGAAGAGUCCGCUUAAACAUAAGACAGAAGAGAAAACGAAAAUGCAGAUUCCACUCAAACAUAAGAAAGAGGAUAAGACCAUAAUGCAGAGUCCACUCAAACAUAAGAUAGAGGAAAAGACGAAAAUGCAGAGUCCUCUCAAACAUAAAACAGAAGAGAAAACGAAAAUGCAGAGUCCUCUCAAACAUAACACGGAAGAGAAAACGAAAAUGCAGAGUCCACUCAAACAUAAGAAAGAGGAAAAGACCAUAAUGCAGAGUCCACUCAAACAUAAGAUAGAGGAAAAGACGAAAAUGCAGAGUCCUCUCAAACAUAAAACAGAAGAGAAAACGAAAAUGCAGAGUCCUCUCAAACAUAACACGGAAGAGAAAACGAAAAUGCAGAGUCCACUCAAACAUAAGAUAGAGGAAAAGACGAAAAUGCAGAGUCCUCUCAAACAUAAGACAGAAGAAAAG